AUGGCGGAGGGUCGGAAGUUCAAGCUGCCGACAACGAUGACUGAUGAGGAGAUCGAGAGGCUCGGCAUCCUUGUGUCGGAGGUGGACGGAUUGAACUCGGCUCCGCACCCGUCGCUGCCUCCACCUCGAUCGUUCAACCCGUGGGCUGCUUCGGGCGCUCCACCUCCACCUCCACCUCCGGCAGGUCGACGGCGGCUCCCGCCGCCGGCGGCGGAUCUGCUGGCCUCCCUCCCGCCGCCCCUGCUCGACGCCAUCCUCGCCCGCCUCGACAUCCGGGACGCCGUCCGCACCUCCGCGCUCUCCCGCGACUGGCGCCGCCGCUGGGAGGCCCUCCCCUCCAUCUCCCUCUCCUUCCUCGACAAGCGCGGCGGCACGCCCACCUCGGUGGCCGUCGACCGCGUCCUCGCUCGCUACCCGGGCCACAUCUCCAGCUUCUCCUUCCACUUCGACAAGUACUCCGCCGCCCGCGUCGCCGACUGGCUCGUCGCCCUCUCCACCCGCGGCGUCAGGUCCAUCAACCUCCAAUGCUCCUACUACCACUACUCCUUCACCCUCCACUCCUCCAUCUUCCUAUGCUCCCAGCUCGUCCACCUGGAGCUCAACGGCUGCCGCAUGCCGCCUCUCCCGGCGGGGUUCACCGGAUUCCCUGUGCUUGAGGAGCUAAAGCUCUACGCCGCCCAGUUCCCCGAGAACGGGGAGAGCCUGCUGGGGGAAAUUCUCGGCGCGUCGCCAUUGCUUAACACCCUGAAUCUUUCCUAUCUGUAUGUCCGUGACGACGGCCCAGCCGAUUGGACGAUUGGGGGAUGUAACCUACGGAAACUUACGAUAAUUUCGGAUAAAUCUUAUGGUUGGCGGAUCACGGACCUGCCGCGCCUCGAUGAAGCCACCAUCGAUUUUGGAAAGUAUGUGAGCUCUGGCGAUUUUGAAGGAUUCAUUUCUGGGUUUGCACAAGUUAGUAAGCUCAUUCUCCAUACGUGCUACCCACUGCCACCGCUAGCGAAUGGUCAUUUAAUGGAAACACUUCCAUGUACCUUUUACAACUUAAAGAGCUUAAUCCUCUGGACACAUUUCUGCGAGAGGCCUGCCAUUUUGGCAACCUUUUGCUUACUAAUGAAUGCUCCUAAUCUAGAAGUACUUGAAAUUACGAUCGAGCGUACUUUCUUGGAUGGAAUUGAAGCAAAUGCAGAGAAUCAUAAUACACAAUGCACUGAUGCCUUCUGUGCCAACCUUCAGGUUGUGAAAAUAAAGGGUAUUGGCUGGUUGCCAAGUGAAAUGUGUUUUAUCGAGCUCGUUUUAUCUAAAGCAAUAGUUCUUCGCACAAUGUAUCUUAGACUUGGUUAUGAAAGCUCAAAGUCUAACGAGGAUGCACUGUGUGAACUAAUGACAUACAGAAGGGGUUCACCUCAUGCUCAAGUCUUCUUUAAUGGUGAGAUUGAAUAGAUUGUUAAUUGCAGACUGUCUUUUGUGUCUUGCUGGGAAUGGCUGCAUAAUACAUUUAGGUGGCUUACUUGCAUACGUUGGUGUCAAACCCUCUUUUGAUCUUCUCUAACUACGUACCCUUGGAGGCUAGAUAUGCAUCCCGAAGAAAAUGGCUGCUGGCAGGAGCUACUAUAACGCUCUGUUUUGGUCAUAAGUAAUCCUUGUACGAGUUGGACGCCUUUCCUGUGCUAUAAUGGCCUGCAAAAGUUGCAAAUAACUCUUUUAUUUGUUGUUUCGAAUUUUCAAUGAGAAUUACAUGGUGUCGCUGUUCGAUCAUUUGAUUAAGUUUGUUACUACAAAUUUGUUUGCAAGAGCUUCAGGAAUGGGAUACCAGAUAUGACAAAUAGUUAAGUAACCAGAAAAUAUGGGUUCAUUACUAUCGUUUUUUGAGCAAUUGUCGGAAUACAGCCUCUGCACAUAACUCUCUGGAAAUGCAGAAAUUUUUCCAGUACCAGUUUAAGUUAUGCAAUUACCAUGUUUUUUUUUUACUUCCA